AUGUCAUCUCUCUUCAAAUAUUCUGCGGUUCUGCGGAUCAUCAAGGCGCGUGAGUGCUGUCACAGAUUGAAGAGAGAGAAGAAGAAGUAUAGGAAUAAUGCAGAUGAUGCUACCUGUGAGAGAUUGAAGAAGAAGACAAACAUUGAGAAGACAGUUCUGCUCUCUGAGCAUGUCAAUCUGCUUACUGCUGAGGUGGAACCUGAGACAGCAGAUCAGAAAAUGUGGGAUUUUGAGAUGCAGGUUGACCUGGCUGAGGAGAAGCAGUGA